GACCUGGCUGUCCUUUGACUUUUGAUCUGACGUCCCUCUCGCGCGCAUCCUCACAAUCAGCCACCAUGCGCCUCAGCGCGCACGAGCCGUGCCAGUCCAUCUUCUUGCUCUGCAUCCUCCUGAGGAGCUGCCAAGCCUUCACGAACGACGCCACGGAGCUGCUCUUUCCGCACGCGAGCCCGCCGGUGCCGGAGCCUUUGAGCAACGCAUCCCUGAACCGCGCGCGCAGUGGCGGGCGCGCGGCGGGCGGCGGCGGCGCGCAGGACAGAAGCGAUCGUAGUCAGAUUGGAUGCAGAGAGCUGAGGUCCACGAAGUACAUCUCUGACGGCCACUGCACCAGCAUCAACCCCAUCAAGGAGCUGGUGUGCGCAGGCGAGUGUCUCCCAGCCCAGAUGCUUGAAAACUGGAUCGGCGGGGCUCACGGCAGAAAGUUCUGGGCUCGCAGGAGCAGUAACCACGACUGGAGGUGUGUGAAUGAUAAAACACGCACCCAGCGCAUCCAGCUGCAGUGCCAGGACGGCAGCACAAGAACGUACAAAAUCACAGUGGUCACUUCUUGCAAGUGCAAGAGGUACUCGAGGCAGCACAACGAAUCGGGCAACAAGUUCGAGGAUCCUGCUGCGUUGUCGCCACAGCUCCUGCACAAACACAAACCCAAGAACAAGAGGAGGCUGGGAAAGAAGCGCGCACGUGAAAACUGGCACGAGACCGAACCCUAAGAGCUGGAAGAAUCCACAUCGACUAUGGGAUGUUUGAGUCUGUGACAUCUGGUGUUCCAGCUGUGGAUUAAUACCGUCUGAGAGGAGAAGCUGCCUCCACAGGAAGAGACUGCAGAGACCAAGGACAUUUAUUAAAUGUGAACAGAAGUGGGUUGUACAGUCUGAGGUGCUCCUGGUUCCUC